AUGGCCCCCGUCUUCCCGGUGCCGCAGCGGCAGGCCCCAUCCUCGACGCUGCUGUUCGCGCCGCCACAGACACCAUUCACACCUUACUACUACUCGUCGUCUUCUCCGGCAACGUCGUCCCGCCUGACGCACCACGUGACGCUGAGCCUCACCAGCCUGCCCAUCCUGGUGCUCACCGUCCUCGGCAUCCUCACCACCUCCGCGCUCCUCCUCACCUACUACGUCUUGGUCAUCCGCUGCUGCCUCACCUGGCAUGGCACCACCGCCGACUCCUCCAGCCCCAGCUCCGGUGCAUCCGGAAGCCUCGUCAUCUCCCUCACCCGCCGCCGCCAUCGCCGCAACAACACCCCCUCCGACCACGAGCUCCCCGUGGUGCACGGGCCGACGCCCGACGAGCCAUGCACUGGGCUCGGGGAGUCGGCCAUCCGGGCGCUGCCGGCGUUCAGGUACACCAAGGCCGCCAAGGACGACGCCGCCACCGGCGGCGACGCGAGCGAGUGCGCCGUGUGCCUCGGCGAGUUCCAGGAGGGGGAGAGGGUGAGGCUCCUGCCGGGCUGCCUCCAUGUCUUCCACGCGGAGUGCAUCGACACUUGGCUGCAGGGCUGCGCCAAUUGCCCGCUCUGCCGGGCAGCCAUCACCGGCAAACAAGCUCCGUUGACAAUGGACCGGCCGCCGAGGCGAGAGGAGGUGGUCAUCCAGGUGCAGGUCGCCGGCACCGGAGAAGAAGAAGACACACCGCGAGAACACGGCACGGCGGCCUCGAAGAGCAGCACUCACUUCCAUGGGGAAUGCAGUGGCGGCAGCAGCAAUGAAGCACAUUGUAGUAGGUAG